UGUUCCCUCCUCGCUCCUACAUUCCUUCGCCCUUCUUCCACUUCCUCUUCAUCAAGUCACUCUUCUUCCAUCGCUACAUCCUCGCUGUUCGCGGGUGAAAUGAGCUGAAAAGUCCCGUGGAAGCUUCGUGAACUCUUCCCGUGGCAGAGAAUGAGCUGACUGCUUCCAGUCCUUUCCACCUUCGCAGCUGAAGUCUUUUGGCAAUGGCACAGCCCCCUCUCUGAUCAGACGAUGAAAACCCACACCCGUGGGUCCCCUACAGUGUUCCUCAUAAGUCUGUUGCUGCUCCUGCUGCCUCCAACUGCAGCAGACCCUAGUGGAGGAAUUAUCUUCAUGGGAGGCAACUACAAUGGCCAUCCAAUGCUUUAUUUUGAUCGGGCAGAUGUAGUCGAGUUUCAGUUGGCAGCCGGAAGUACCCAUAGGGAGAUGGCAAGGCGGAUCCGUGAGGCUGGCGAAACUAUGCUGGAACACCCAGAAGAGUACCUGCCUCCCUGGAGCCCCAUGGAGUUCAGUGCCCGAUGGAAUGAGGUUUACGGAAACAACCUGGGGGUGCUGUCCAUAUUCUGCCUGUUGUACCCGCACAGAGCAGGAGCAGUGGAUCUAGCCAUGGACUACAUGGAGAGGAUGGCAGCUCAGCCUAGUUGGUUGGUUAAAGAUGCACCUUGGGAUGAAGUUCCUUUGGCCCACUCUUUGGUUGGGUUUGCCACUGCUUAUGACUUCCUGUUUGAGUACUUGAACAAGGACCAACAGGAACGUUUUCUUCAGGUGAUCGGCAAUGCAUCUCAUCUUAUGUAUGAGAAGUCCUAUACACGAGGCUGGGGAUUUCAGUACCUGCACAACCAUCAGCCCACAAAUUGUGUUGCUUUGCUCACAGGAAGCCUGGUUUUUAUGAUGCAAGGUUAUCUACAGGAGGCCUACUUGUGGACCAAGCAAGUGUUGGCCAUCAUGGAGAAAUCCAUGGUUCUACUUCAAGAUGUCACAGAUGGUUCUCUGUAUGAGGGAGUAGCCUAUGGGACCUACACUACCCGCUCUCUGUUCCAGUACAUGUUUUUGGUACAGCGCCACUUUGCCAUCAGUCACUUUGAUCAUCCCUGGCUUCUAAAACACUUCAAUUUCCUGUACAGGACUAUCCUUCCUGGAUUUCAGCGAACUGUAGCCAUUGCAGACUCCAACUACAACUGGUUUUAUGGCCCAGAGAGUCAGCUUGUCUUCUUGGACCGUUUUGUGAUGCGUAAUGGCAGCGGAAACUGGCUUGCCGAAUUGAUUCAUCAACACAGGAUCACGGAAGGCGUUGGACAGGCUGGGAAAGGCCAGAGAUGGUGUACUCUCCACACCGAAUUCCUCUGGUAUGACCCAGGCCUUUCUCCAAAACCCCCAUCCGAUUUUGGAACAUCACAGCUGCAUUACUUUGAAGACUGGGGCGUGGUGACUUAUGGCAGUGCUUUACCUGCAAACACAAAUCGCUCCUUUCUUUCCUUCAAGUCAGGGAAGCUCGGGGGACGUGCUAUCUUUGAGAUGGUUCACAAGGGCAAGUACAAGGAGUGGAUUAAAGGGUGGAGAAACUUCAAUGCCGGCCACGAACACCCUGAUCAGAACACUUUUACCUUUGCACCCAACGGCAUUCCUUUCAUCACUGAGGGACUAUAUGGACCUAAGUACACUUUGCUGAACAAUGCUGUGUUGUUCGGUCCGGCCCUCUUGGGAACUUGCUUUAAGCCGUGGGCUGGCCAGGUGACCGAAUCCUGUGACUCCAAGUGGUUGAAAUACAAAGCAGGGUCUGCAGCUGACGCUCAGGGGAAAGUAGAAGCUGCCAUGGAGAAACAAGGGAUGGUCUUCAUUCGCGGGGAAGGUCGUUCCGCCUAUAAUCCAGACCUGAAGAUCCGCAGCUUUCAGAGAAACCUCCUCCUACUUCACCCACAGCUCCUCCUGCUGGUGGACCACAUCCAUCUGGAUCCCGACAGCCCAUCCAGGGCCAUGAGUGCAUUCUUUCACAACACAGAGCUUCCAUUCCAGGAUAUAAAAGUGGACGGUGUCCAUGGAGCAUUUGUAUCACACAAAGACGACAAGUAUAAAAUGUUCUGGAUGGAUGACACUGGUCACGGCAAUAGAGGGAUGGUAGGUUACUGGAAUUAUCCACGAGGGUACCCGUAUAAUGGCUCGAACUAUGUGAACGUCACAAUGCCGUUAAGAUACCCCCACACUCGAGUGGCCUACGUUUUUUUGGGACCAGACGUGGCACUCAACAGCUUCAGCGUCCGUGGUGACAACCAAAGAGUGGAUAUUUACCUGGCCACAAAGGAGCACACCUACACCGUCUACCUGCUGACUGGAGAAGUCACCAGCAAGCCUCUUUUUGCCAUGGUGCUGCUGGACCAGAAGAAGAUCGUGUUCGAGAAAAAACCAACUGCGGCGGACAGCUCCCCUUCGGAAGUAGAGGAAUACGUCAACGUGAUGGAGGACAACCUCCAGCAUGUCAAGCCGGUCUUUCAGCAAAUGGAAAGACAUAUUCUUGGAAAGGCUCUAAAUACGGGCAGAUUCCGCAAGACUGCGGAGCGCCUGCUCCGGUUCUCUGACAAAAAGAAGACCGAGGGGGUCAUUGAGAAGCUGUUUGCCAUGUCCAAGAAACAGAGUAAGGAUAAGGGGAGCAAGAAAAUAAACCUUGGUGAGAAGCUCUCUGGGAGUCUGCCUGACAUAUUUGCACAGAUCGAGGUCAGUGAAAAACAAGUCCGACAGAGGACGUCCAAGCGUGUGUAUGAAAACAGUCCAGAAGAGGGAGACGCAGACGCACAAGCCUUUCUAGAAUACACAGACAGCCGCAAAAACAGGAAAAGCGGUUUUGUGAAAGGCCGUAAAUUUAAAGAAGUGAAUAUGUUGGUGACUACUGGAAGUCAACGGUCCAACAUAGCCUCUUACAUUCGACUGUUCCUCCUCCUGAACACUGCCACCUUCUUCUUGCUGCUGGCGGUCUUGUUGACUCGCUUCCAGCGGGGCCGCAGCUUGAACACUCAGAGAUGUUUUUAUACGAUCGUAAUGGUUGACUGCUUGAUCUUACUGUACCUCUACUCGUCAUGCUCUCACAUGCAGUGCUGACAUCGUUAGUUCGGCUGCAAAUGAUCUCAGACUUAUGAUAUCAACAAUGGAUAGGAAUUAUAUGGUGCCUUUCCAGACACCCAUUUACAGUAAUAUCUAUUAUUCAUUUACUCUACAGUCACAUACUGGACUUGAAAACACAGCUGCCCUGGAGUACAGUGGAACCUCCAUUU